GGCGGGGCUGUUGUGAUGACGUCACGGGGCGUGGCGGAAGUGCGGCCGAGUUCCGGGGGUCCGUCUGUCUGUCCGUCCGCGCUCCCGGGGGUCGCCUGUCCCCCAUGAUCCCCCCCCGGGAUGAGCUCCAAGGCCAAGCGGGUGCUGCUCACCCGCCCUGAGCCUCCCAGCGUGGAGCAGAUCCUGGCCGACGUUCAGGGCUCGUCCCCCUCCGACCCCGCGUUCCUCCUCCCGGCCGAGCCCCCGCAGGACCCCGGCCCCGCUCCAGGCUGCCCCGAGCCCGCGGCCGAGGAGCGGGAGCGGCGGUACCGGCAGAUCCGUUCCUACGUGGGGAUGAACCAGCGGCUGCAGCGCUCCCGGGAGCAGCUGCGGGAGCGGCGCCGGGAGCUGCAGAGGGCCGGGGAGGCGCUGGAGCGCGGCAUCGCCGAGAUGAGGCAGAAAGCGUUCUGAGGAAGCCCGGUGGGCGCCUCGGGACACCCCACGCUGUGCUUUCACCUCCCCAAAACCUUCUGCAUCUGGAGGAUCCGGGUUUGCGGGACAGCCCCGGCUGUGCCACCCCAGUGACCUUUUGCCAGGGAGCUCUGGAGCCGCCAGGCCGGCACAGUGACACCUUCCUGGUGCUGGGAUGAAGGCUUGCACCCCUCCUUCUGCCCCUGAGGCGGCUGCCACGUCCCCCGUGGGUGGCACAUCCUCUGCUCCCUACGACUUCUCCCUCUGGUACGUCCCCGAGGAUGACCACGUCGCGUCCCGCAUCGCAGAGCGCCUGAGGGAGGAGGGAUUUCGGGGCUUCACCGAGCACCAGGACCAAGCAGCCGGGACAUCUGCCAUCCUGACGGCCAUGGAGGCCAUCGAGGCCAGCCGUGUGGCCAUCCUGCUGCUCUCGGCCCGGUCCGUGGGUGACCGGUGGUGCCAGCGCGUGUCCCAGUGGAACCUGUUCCGCAGCAUCCAGCAGCGCGGCCCCAGGGUGCUCCCCGUGUGCGUGGGGCUGAGCAGGGCCCAGCUGCCCCCGUUCCUGCAGCACCUCGUCCCGCUGGAAUACCAGAACGAGUUCUUCUUCCAGCGGCUGCUGGCCAGCCUGAGGGCACGCCCGAGGGGCGGGCACAGGCGGGUGCCACCCAAGGGCGCCAACUGAGGGGCUGGGUGGGGGCAGCACCGCCCCACGGUGUGAAAAACUGCUCAGUUUUGCUAAUAAAGGUGCUGGGAAUGCAUCA